AUGCAUCUCGCACCUGUACCCAGGCUUAUUGGGAUAUUCCCAAGCCUCAUCGCACAAAAUUCGGAAACGCUCGUUUUGAAAGAGCAUGUUUUUUCGUUGUCUGGGGAUUCUUUCAGCGUGAAAUUUGAUGGAAGCAAACUCACUGCUUUCAAAAUCGACGGAGAAUCGCUCACACUGUCCGGUCGCAAACAUCUCUGCGAUACCAACGGCAAUACUCUCUUUGACAUUCGAAAAGAACACUUCACUCUUCACAAGACUUUCUACGGCCAAGAUCCCGCCGGCAACAAAAUUUUUGAGCUUCGUAAAAAGAUUCAAUUCAUCGGCUCCAAAGCCAUUUGUUCCUUCACUUCGUCUACUGGCGCAGAGGAAGAGCUGGUUAUGGAAGGAAACUUUUUUGAUUCGAGGGCCGAGAUAUCAACAAAAGAUGGCCAUACGGCUGCGGUUAUUGAUCGAAAAUACUUUAAUGCAAGGGAGCUCAUAGGGGGACAGCAGUCAUACGCCGUGACUGUGGCUCCAAAUGUGGAUUUAUCCAUCGUUACAGCCAUGUGUAUUUGCCUGGAUGAACUGAGGAAUGAGGAGUAGCUAGGUCGAAGGUAAACAAUAAUAAAAUACUUUUUUUGGCUUUUACUGAAUUGAUUGAAUCGUCAUUUUUCACCAUUUC